AUGCCAACGUUUGCCAAAUCAACGUUCAGUAAGAUGCUAGAAGCAGUUUUAUGGUCAUCUGCUGCCUGCAAUCCAAUCAACUCUGACAAGGUUGAGCGAGCCAUGAUUGAAGAUAUACAUGCUGCAACACAAAUGUUGCCAGGUGUAACAGCACAAAUUAUUUACGAUUUCAUUAUUCUAGCUUUAUAUUUGAGGACCCUGACUUCAGUGGCAAGGUACUCUUUUUAUUCUGGAAUAGCUGCUUUUGCCAUCCUCCUCCUCAUUCAGAGGAUAUUUGUCGUUGCCUCGCAAGCGGCUGAGAAGAUCUCGGCUGAGACUUCCAUGAAGAUAACUUCUGACUUCUCGAACACUCUGGACGGCUUGACUCACAUUCAUAGCAUGAAAUGGCACGGUUCAAUCUGGAAGCAGCUUCUUGUGGAUCUAGGAGCAGCUCAACAAGCAACCAGGGAGAAACUAAGACUCGGCCCAUGGGUUGCCAUGGCCGUUGAUCUGACAGUCGUCGGCCUUAUGACAACUAUGGCAAUAUCCCUUGUGAUAUUCCGUAAUAGUAUAAGUGUAUAUUUGAUUGCAUUGUGUAUUUCGGCAGGUUGCAAGCUUCAGCGACCAGCAGUUCAGAUGAUGGAACUCCUUCUGACCUUAGCAAAUACCAAGGAGUCACUCUCUCGCAUGGAAUACUUUCGUUCCAACUUUGAGUCAGAAGAGGUGCGGGAAGCGGUGGUCUUACCUGAGAGGUGGGGUGAAGACGCGUCUAUCGAGUUCAACAGAGCCGUCAUUGGCAAUCAUGCUCCGAUCACAGGCAUUGCCAUACCUGGGCGGUCUGUCACCAUCAGGGGACGCAGUGGAAGCUAA